AUGAUUUCUUCCCAAAUUUACAAUUCUCGAUCUAUCUAUCUAUCUAUCUAUCUAUCUAUCUAUCUAUCUAUCUAUCUAUCUAUCUCUCAGAUCAAAUUAGAUAGAUAUAAUGAUUUCUGCCCAAACUCCCCCUCUCUCUCUCUGUGUCUCCCUCUCUGUCUGUCUCUGUCUGUCUUUUAUAUUAACAUUUAUAUCUAUCUAUCUAUCUAUCUAUCUAUGGCUGUUCUUAUCUAUCUAUCGAUGGUUGUUCCUAUCGAUCUCAGGCUGUUCUUAUCUAUCUAUCUAUCUAUCUAUCUAUCUAUCUAUCUAUCUAUCUAUCUAUCUAUCUAUGUGUUUAGCGAGCGCUACUGCACUGUGAACAAAUAUUUCUCUCUCUCCCUCACUAUAUCUAUCUAUCUAUCUAUCUAUCUAUCUAUCUAUCUAUCUAUGCUAACAACCAUAUCCCGCUUAAACACUAUGAACGGCGGGCAUGAGACACAUGCCGCCUUCUUCUUCUUCUUCUUCUUCUUCUUCUUCUUCUUCUUCUUCUUCUUCUUCUUCUUCUUCUUCUUCUUCACCAACUCUUUCUUUUCUUACUUAUUAUUUGCACGUUUUCAUUUUUACCAUUUCUUCUUUUAUAAUUCUCUUCAUAUUCUUCAGUUUUCUGCGAUUCUUCUUCAUUUCCAUUUUAGCGUUAGCAAAUUAAUUCUUCCCCUUCAUUUACUCAUUCCCUUCUUUCUUUUUUACUUUAUAAUUUUAUCUUUUCUCAUUAGACUGACAUUUCUUUCUUUCGACUUCUUCGGUGUAUGA